AUGACUCACCAGAACACUCGGACGUUUGAAGACAAACUGGCGCUUAUACGAAACAUUUCCGAAUUAAAUAACCUUCGCAUUGCCGGCAAACUGACCGAUUUGACUAUAGAGUUGCUCAAAAGUGACAGGUUAAGGAAUGCCUGCCUGGAUUACAUCAAGGCUACAUUUGAGGUCACAGUUUCCAGGGAGUUUUUCAUCCAGCUGCCAUCUGAUGUUGUCCUGUCUCUCCUGCGAGCAAAUGACCUUCAUGUGGACGGCGAAGAGACCGUCUUCAAGUCGAUUGGGCGAUGGAUCAGUCCACUCGGCAAAGUGGAUGAAAGACGAUUGCGGCACGCAGAAGCGAUGAUGAAGGAAGUGCGAUGGUACGAACUGCCAAAUUUGAAACGAAUAAGGGAACGCGCUGCCUCGGUUGCAUUGCCAGACGGACGCCUGUUUGUGAUUGGAGGUGUAGACAGUGGUCUUUCCUUCCUACGUGGCUACUCGGGCUCUUCAGUGGAGACUUGCCAUCUCCAGGAGCCAGCAGACUGGCAAGGAGAAUUAGAAGUAUCGAACGUCUUUUGGAAGGAUGUUGCUGCCAUUCUAGAGCCACGUAAAGACCACACCGCGGUUGCAUUCAGGGACAGCAUUUUCCUUGCUGGGGGCAGCAAUUUGGAGGGAUACUUGAACACAAUUGAUGUCUUCAUUCCGCCCGACAACCAGCGACCGUUUGGACAGUGGACGCGUCUCGCUGGUUGGGACACGGGAAGGCCGACUGCUGCUCUUCUCGUUUGUGAAGAAAGACUCUUUUCUUUCAGUAAGUCCAUAGCCUUGGUAUCCUACCAUUUUUACCGGGCUCGACGGACGACCGUCUUAUUUGCAGAACGAGGGAUGAACAGAUCUUGCAGUUUUUCCGUUGUUUUCCCUCAUUGA